CCGCCCGCUCGCUCGGCGCUGCGGGGGCCGGUGCGGGAGCCUCCGCCGAGAGAGCUGGGGGAGCCUCCGCCACCGCCGAAGCCGCCUGGGUGAGCUCGGAGUGCCCCGGGCGCUCGGCGGGGAGCCGAGGCCAGGCAUGGGCCUCAUCUUCGCCAAGCUGUGGAGCCUCUUCGGUAGCCAAGAACAUGGUGGACUGGGAAGAUAUUCAUGAAUACAACCUAAACUGAGUUUGAAUACCAGCCAGUGAAAGGGAGAAACUUUGGUUAGUCUAGCACAAAGUAAUCAUAGUGGGACUUGAUAAUGCUGGAAAGACUACUAUUCUUUACCAGUUCUUAAUGAAUGAAGUGGUUCAUACUUCUCCAACCAUAGGAAGCAAUGUAGAAGAAAUAGUGGUGAAAAACACUCAUUUCUUGAUGUGGGAUAUUGGAGGACAAGAAUCAUUACGGUCAUCGUGGAAUACCUAUUAUUCAAACACAGAGUUCAUCAUUCUGGUUGUUGACAGCAUUGAUAGAGAGCGACUUUCUAUUACAAAAGAAGAACUUUAUAGAAUGCUGGCUCAUGAGGAUUUACGGAAGGCUGCAGUUCUCAUCUUUGCGAACAAGCAGGACAUGAAAGGCUGCAUGACGGCUGCCGAGAUAUCUGCAUACCUCACCCUCAGCUCCAUAAAGGAUCACCCAUGGCACAUUCAGUCCUGCUGUGCUUUGACAGGAGAAGGAUUAUGCCAAGGCCUGGAGUGGAUGACCUCCCGUAUUGGAGUGGCAAAGAGGUUCAGUAUCCCCAAAGCAGGGAUUCUUUCCAGCUCUUUAAACACACUGCACUCAGUAAGGUGAAGAGGACUUGGGCACAGCUGCUCAAAAUAUUUGUCAGCAAAAUAAAAUUGAGUUGUUCUAUGA